AUGGCUGGUUCUAUCGCCAACAACGCUGCGCUGUACAAAAAGAAGACGUUCACUUAUGUGCCUCCAGCACCGCCUUCAGAGCUCAUCGACUGCAGUAAUUUUAUACUUGACUUCACCGGCCGUAAGUUUUUGAAUGUAGGACUUGAUCCUGAAGAUGAAUUUAACACCAUAGUACAAGUCAUCACUCCUUCGAGAUAUGUAAAUAUGCCACCUGAUUUUCUAAGACGUAUAUUCUCACUUAUGGGGAACAUUCUAUCUUUUAUAAUCGACCUACCUCAAAAAUACAAGCGAAAUUUAUUUCUGGAAACAGAAAUUAUUUCGCUGUCUAGUAUGGUGUACCAAGGGGAAAAUGUUCUCGUCAUCGAAUCAAAAACACAAACCGGAUGUCGAGUAUUGCUAAAUAGGACAGAUUUGAUGAAAUUACAAUAUUUGGAAUGGUGUAUUCACGAAACAGUCGUUCGAAAGUCAACCAUCACACGACCACUAGUCUUAAAACAAUUUGAGAUUAUGGGUAAUUAUUUGGACCAGGAGUUUACCAAAGUCGAAUCACCACCAAAAACACCCGAAGAAAUGGUUGUUUUUAUCAAAAAUUUAAGUGACGAUAAAAUUAUUGGAUCUACACCUAAACACGAUAUGAAUUUCAUUAGUCAACUCAAAAUGUUUGCAACAAAACAAUUGGCUGAACAAUGGGUACAACGAUGGAGCGGGGAAAUGUCACCCGAGUUAUUCACCGAAUCUGAAAUGAGGCUCAUUUCGCCACCAAAAUACUCGGAUAUGUCGCCAAUGCACGAAGACGCUUCGCAGGUACAGGCAGCUGAUGAGGAUCGUGGUGUUGAUGAAUUUUUAGCACAGGCGACACGGUCACCAACCAUGACAUUGCCUAUUGAUGAUACCGAUGGACUAGCACAUACGGCCAUAGACAAACGUCAUAGACGUGAUUUGUACACUGAUGCGCAGUACCCUCCAUGGUAUAUAACACCACAAUAUAUAGAACCAGCGAGCCUCGCAGUUGAUGAGAACGAUGGUCCGACGUCUUUCAACCACUCACCAUCUUUUCUCGACUUCACAGGCGGCAAGCCCACGAAAAAACAGAACGUAAAACGCAAACUGAUCGAAUAAUUAUUGUUUAAAUAAUUUUUGUGUAAAAU